CUAUAUAAUAAUACAUACACACACAAGCAUCAAGAACCAAACAUAGACACAAACCCAUUAAUCCGUUCCUGUUUUAAGCCUCUUGGUAUAUCGUCAAAAUGGGUCUUUUAUUUAUGAUAGUCUUGGUGGGGUUUGUGUUUGGUCUGAUCUUCAACCAUUUCUUACCUUUGCUGUUCUUGAAAAACAAGAAACUUGGUGCUCUUCCUCGAGGCUCAUUUGGAUACUUACCUCUUCUUGGUGAAACCCUAUCUUUUCUUAACCCUCAUCCUUCCACCACCAUUGGCUCUUUUCUUCAAGAACAUUGUUCUAGGUAUGGGAAAGUGUUCAAAUCACAUUUAUUCUUCUCACCUACCAUAGUUUCAUGUGACCAAGAACUCAACUACUUCAUACUACAAAAUGAAGACAAGCUUUUUGAAUGUAGCUAUCCAAAGCCCAUUCAUGGUGUUCUUGGGAAGAUAUCUAUGCUUGUGGUUGUCGGUGACACCCACAAGAGGCUUAGAAAUGUGGCCCUUUCUCUUGUUUCCACCACCAAAUCUAAACCUGAUUUUCUCACCCACAUUGAAAAAACCACCCUCCAGAUUUUGGAUUCUUGGAAGGACAAGAAACAAAUAAUCUUCUGUCAAGAAGCUCGAAAGUUUACAUUCAAUGUAAUAGUAAAACAAGUGCUAGGGUUAACACCAGAAGAGCCACAGACUGCAAGAAUUCUUGAAGAUUUUCUCACCUUUAUGAGAGGUUUAAUAUCUUUUCCUCUCUACAUCCCGGGAACUCCUUACGCAAAUGCAGUUAAGGCUAGAAUCAGAAUAUCAGCAAGUGUCAAACAAAUUAUAAAGGAAAGAAGAAGAAAUAAUAAUAUUAUCUAUAAUAAUAAUGAUGAUAAUAUUUGUGGGAAUAUGAAUAUUAAUUCGCAAAAAAGGGGGAGUGAUUUCUUGGAGAUACUCCUAGGUGUUGAUACCUUAUCUGAGGAUGAAAAAGUUAGCUUUGUUCUUGAUGCUCUACUGGGUGGCUAUGAAACGACUUCUAUUUUGAUGGCCAUGGUGGUGCAUUUUGUCGCCAAAUCCCCAUCUGCACUUGAGCAAUUGAAGGUAGAGCAUCAAUGCAUAAGGGGCAAGAAGAAGAAGGACGAGUCUUUGAAUUGGGAAGACUACAAAAUGAUGGGAUUCACCCAAAAUGUCAUCAAUGAGGCUCUUAGAUAUGGCAACAUUGUCAAGUUUGUGCAUAGAAAGGCUCUCAAAGAUAUUAAAUUCAAAGAUUAUUUGAUACCAGCAGGUUGGAAGGUCCUACCAAUUCUAAGUACAGUUCACUUGGACCCAUCCAUCCAUUCAAGUCCCCUGGAAUUUCAUCCUUGGAGAUGGGAGACACAGAGGCAAGAUCAAACGGGGAAGAAAUUCACACCGUUUGGUGGAGGAUCAAGAUGUUGUCCAGGGUCCGAACUAGCUCGGGUAGAGGUUGCAUUUUUCCUCCACCACCUUGUACAAAAUUUCAGGUGGAGUGUAGAAGAUGAUGACCAACCCAUUGCCUAUCCAUAUGUAGAGUUUCAAAGAGGAUUAGUAUUAAAUCUGGACCAUUUUGCCCUUUGAGUCAAGCCCAAAAUAUAUCUUGGAAAUUAUCCAUUUCUUGGGAGAGAGUAAUAAUUCAUCAAGAAUACUUUUAUAUGCUUUAAAUUGUAUCUCUAGUGUAGCAUUUUCUUCUCUUUUUCUUUUUCUUUGAAAUUUGUAUAUUAGUAGUUCAUCAUAAAAUAAAGUGUCCUAGACACAAGUAUUGUAUUGAAAUUUGUUUAUUUAUAUUUGUAAAAAUAUAAAUGUUGCCCCACAUUGGAAAAC